AUGCAAACCUCCGCGUUGCUGGGCCUAAGCCUUUGGUCUUUGAGCACGGGCUUUCUCUUAGAUGUUGGAGCACCAAGGACAGGAACACAGUCGAUGUACGACGCUUUGAAGCUACUGGGCUUCAACCCCUUGCACAGCGGCUACAAGUUAAAGUCACGCGAUGCGGUCUGUGGGUACCUUUUUGGCGGAGAGCCACUGGAUGAUGCCUUGGCCGUGUUGGAUGGGUAUGAUGCAGCCAUGGACGAACCCUUCAUGCUCAUUUACGAGGAGGUCUUGGCCGCCAUCCCGGACGCGAAGUUCUUGUUGACCAUCUCAGAUCCAGAAAGCUGGUAUGAGAACUAUAAUGAAUUGGUUAGACUGUAUUGGGACACCGAGACUGAUCUUGCAGAGGGAGAGCCUUCAUACUAUGCGACAUGCCUGGCCAUGUCUUCCUGGGGGUGCAAGUUCUUCAGUUCUCCCUUCGAAUCAGACAAGAAGACAUGCUUGGACAACUAUCAGCGCCACAUUGACAGAGUCCAGCAAGUUAUUCCCGCAGAGCAAUUGCUGGUCUACAAUUGGUCAGAUGGAUGGGCUCCUCUAGCGCACUUCUUGGGUGUGCCAAUUCCUGAAGUGGAAUUUCCACAUACCGAUGCAGCCAUCAAAGCACUGACAUAUUUGAACAAAACCAUGCAUGAUGACACUACGGAAAGGGCAUUGAAGGACCAUGAUCCUGGAGACGAGCAAGUGGGCAUAUACAUGGCAUUCCCAGCCAUCGGCCGAGUUUCGGGCGUCAACGACCUCCGAGGUGAGGCUUUGCCGGCCGACGACCUGGCCGUGACCGCCGUCCAGUUCGAGGUCCUGGUCACCGAGAUCAGCAGCAGCGCAGCGUUCGUGGUGUCAGAUGCCCUGCAUGGCUGGCUGGCCGAGAGCCGCCUACGAGCACUUCCAAAGCGAAGCAUCGCAGGACUCUGUUCGUCUUGCCGGAAGCCUUUGCCGCAGGAGGCCUUCACCCGCGGUGCGCGAAGGAGAUUGAGGUCUGGAGCAGCUGCCGCCUGCGAGGCGUGCAACAAAGAAGCGAGGAGACAAGGAGCUUUUGGCCUCGAUUCUCUUGGAAGCUCGUGGCUGCCCGCCAUUUGCACGCUUGUGGGCGGCUCAUUGGUGAGCGUCUAUUUGCGACCUUCCAUGCCAUUGUCUUUGGCAAUUGGGUCGAUGUUGGCGGCGUUUUGCCUGAAGAGCUGGCUUUUUGGAUGGCUGGGUCUCGGCCGAGAGCCCUCCUUGGAGACCAAAGCGCUGCGCUUGGUGGGAGAAGGAUCCACCGCGUGGUCUCGCUGCGUCGACGAUGCAUGGGUGCGGAGCUUCGCCCACCUGCGUCGUGGAGCCUUCACCACGGAGCAGCUCCAAAGGUGGUGGGACGCUGCGCUGAACGAGACCCAUUGGCGACAGCCCAUGCUUCCCAAUGGUCGCUUGUUGCCUCGUUCGGCCGCAUGGUUCGUGCAGCCGGGAUGCUCUUGUUCCUACGAGUACAACGGAACCGCAUGGCCGGCCGUGGAGGUACCCAAGUGGCUUCAGGAGGUGGAAGAUGCUGUUUGGCAUCUCCUCAGCGAUGAAGGUAGGGCCCGGGGCUGUCCAGACCUCAGGCCUCGUGCGGCCCAACAGUUGCGUGGCCAACCUCUGCGCGGACGGCUCGCAGUCCGUGGAUUGGCAUGCUGACAAUGAGCCACUUUUCCAAGGGCUGCUGGAGGAUUGUCGGAUCGUGAGCUUGUCCCUCGGCGAGACCCGCCGCUUCGACUUGCGGCGGCGACGCGGAAGGGGCAAUCCAUAUCAGCACGUGGAUCGACUAUCCAUUGAUUUACACAAUGGAGACCUUAUCACCAUGGAGGGGUGUUUUCAGAAGCACUGGUACCACCGUGUUCCCAAAGCCGCCGGGGUGACGAGGCCUCGCAUCAACUUGACGUGGCGGAGCAUCACUCGCCACGAGGCGACCUGCCCGUAUUCUACGGCGCAUCUUCUGCAA